ACCCUAGCUCCGCCCCCAGCGGCGCUGCAAGGGCACCGGGCUGGGGGAAGACCCCGCUGCAGAGCCGGGCUGCAGCAUCGAACUCGCAGUGUUGCCGGCGCUCCCUAGCGUGCUUGCGGAGACGUCGGUGCCCGUCGAGCCAUGGCAGCGGCAGCCCUCCGGCCUUGGUGCCUCCAGUUGAGGCUGUUGUCGCUGCCGCUGCUGCUGCUUUUGCUUCGGGCGGAUCCUGUGCGGCCCGACAAUAAGGUGUUUGGCAACCUGGACCAGGUACGGAUGACCUCAGAGGGCUCUGACUGCCGCUGCAAAUGCAUCAUGAGACCAUUGAGCAAGGAUGCAUGCAGCCGGGUACGCAGUGGGCGUGGACGAGUAGAGGACUUCUACUCUGUGGAAACGCUAAGUUCAGGGACCGACUGCCGCUGCUCUUGCACUGCUCCGCCUUCCUCACUCAACCCCUGUGAGAAUGAGUGGAAGAUGGAAAAACUCAAGAAGCAGGCACCUGAGCUACUCAAGCUGCAGUCUAUGGUGGAUCUCCUGGAGGGUGCUCUAUACAGCAUGGAUCUGAUGAAAGUACAUGCCUACAUCCACAAGGUAGCCUCCCAGAUGAACGCGCUGGAGGAGAGCAUCAAGGGCAACCUGAGCCAGCAGAGUGAGACAGUGAAAGACAGCAUGCGUCACCUCAGUGAGCAGCUGAAGAGCUAUGAGAACCAGUCAGCCAUCAUGAUGAGCAUUAAGAAGGAACUGUCCAGCCUAGGCCUCCAGUUGCUGCAGAGGGAUGCCGCUGCCGUCCCUGCCGCUGCUCCUGCCUCAAGCCCUGACAGCAAAGAUCAGGACACAGCUGGAGGGCAAGGCAAAGACCUCAACAAAUAUGGCAGCAUGCAAAAGAGCUUCUCAGACAAGGGCCUUGCAAAGCCUCCCAAGGAGAAGCUGCUGAAAGUGGAGAAGCUGAGGAAGGAGAGCCUCAAGGGCAAAAUACCCCACCCCUCAGCCAGGCCCCGUGCCCUGGCCCAGCAGCAGUCAGUGAUCCGAGGCUUCACCUACUACAAGGCGGGCAGGCAGGAGGCCAAGCAAGAAGCACCCAAGGCCACGGCUGACAACACUCUCAAGGGCACUUCCUGGCUGGAGAAACUACCACCCAAGAUGGAGGCCAAGCUUCUGGAGCCGAACUCUGCCAAACGUGAUGGAGUCAGGCUGCAGGCUUCAGAAGGAGCCAGCUUGGCCCCCGACAUCUCCACUUUCACCCUGGCUCCCAUCAGCACUCCCUGGCCCUCUGAGCCACCGUUGCAUCCAGAAGGCCCCAGCCAAGGUAGGGAAGGCAGCUGUGAGGGCACCCUCCGAGCCGUGGAACCCCCUGUGAAGCACCACAGUUACGGGCGCCAUGAAGGGGCCUGGAUGAAGGACCCUGCAGCUCUUGAUGACAGAAUCUAUGUCACCAACUACUACUAUGGAAACAAUCUGGUGGAGUUUCGAAACCUGGAAAAUUUCAAACAAGGUCGAUGGAGUAACAUGUACAAGCUACCCUACAACUGGAUAGGCACAGGCCAUGUGGUGUACCAGGGUGCCUUCUACUACAACCGUGCCUUCACCAAGAACAUCAUCAAAUAUGACCUGCACCAGCGCUUUGUGGCCUCCUGGGCACUACUACCCGAUGUGGUCUAUGAAGAUACCACACCCUGGAAGUGGCGUGGCCACUCGGACAUUGAUUUUGCUGUAGAUGAGAGUGGUCUGUGGGUCAUCUACCCAGCUGUGGAUGAGCAAGAUGAAGCCCAGCCUGAGGUGAUUGUGUUGAGCCGCCUGGACCCCAGAGACCUCUCUGUGCACCAAGAGACCACAUGGAAGACACGGCUGAGGAGGAACUCCUACGGGAACUGCUUCCUGGUGUGUGGCAUCCUGUAUGCUGUGGAUACUUACAACCAGCACGAAAGCCAGGUGGCCUAUGCCUUCGACACCCACACAGGCACUGAUGCUCACCUACAGUUGCCCUUCCUCAAUGAGUAUUCCUACACUACUCAGGUUGACUACAACCCCAAGGAGCGGGUGCUCUAUGCCUGGGACAAUGGCCACCAGCUUACCUACACCCUCCACUUUGUGGUCUGAAUGGGGACCUAUGUUCACAGGGGAGGGCAGCAGAGGAGUAGGGGCUGCUCCUAGCCACUCCUGCAACUGAUAACAAUAUCAACUGAGGGUGUCCUGGGCUAGGUAUUGGCUUUGAUGGCAACCAAGGCAGUACUUCCUUAGCACCCAGCAGGUGACACUAGCUUCCAUUGCAGAAUGUUGUGCUGAGGGCUUUUCCUACAUGUACCCUUUUGACUCUUUCCCCUGCUUCCCUUGGAGGCAGAGAUCCUUAAGCCCAUUGAGCAGAAGAGGUGACUGAAGCCCAAAGGGGCAGCAUCCCAGUUGUAGUAGGGCAGGCUAUGUUCUCACAAUAGCCACACUUUAUGGAUGAGAUGACCUCGCCAAUUCUUCCAACUCCAGGACCCUUCCCAGGACUCUGCAAAGUCUUUGGGAACCUAUGCACUGAAGUUCUGCAGCUCCAGAACAGUCACUCUUCUGCUUGAAUGCCCACGACUUUGACUUAGAGCCUCUUGACCUGUGGUCAGCCCCUGUGCUCUCCUCUAUACUGUCUGACCACUUUCCAGAAGUUCACCAUCACAGCCACAGAGCAAGAACCACACCCUGAAGCAAGCACUGGCUGGGUCCAUGGCCCUCCCUCUGUGGCUACUUCUUGUCUUCCUGUUCCUUGCACAUUUCUCAACAGAUGAGAAGGUAUAGGCAGCUCAGCUCUGGCAGAAUGGGGUGCUGGCCUGAGCUCCCCCCAUCUCAACUCCUAUACCACCCACUAGGCCUUGGCUCCUUCCCUCUCCCUUCCCUUGAGCCUGGAGUCCUUUAUGGGCCUUUAAAGCUAGUCUGCUCACACUCAGGGAUUGCUAGGAGUAAGGCCUUUGUCUCUGGAGAGGGUGGCCCCAAGAUGGAACAGGCUCCUUCUUCCAUGUCGAUCCUGAUCUGGUCAUUUGGUGGGCUGGUCCAGCAGCCUGGGAAUCUGGGGGAGACAGGACAGAGGGAUUCAAAAGAGACCUUGGGCCUUCUCAGGUUGCAGGACAAAGCCAGGAGGUGGACUUAGCACCAGGAUUUUCUUUGAGAUAGGACUUGGUGGGAUUGUGGACAUACUAGUGAACAUGUAUAAGCUACCCUACAAUGGGACUGGCAGCUAUUCUGGUGCUGCUUGUGGCUCACAGCACCUACGGACACAGACAGCCCUGAAAACACGACCUUUCAAGCCAGCCUAUGGCUGCUUUGGACAUUCGUUUUACAGCUGUAGAGAAGUUCUUUUGCCCAUCUCCUCUUUUUAAGCAAAGAAAAUAUAGAUCCCAACAGUUCUAGGAUAAGGGAGUGGAGUCAUAUAGGGCAGGACAUAGCUGAUCUCAUUUGGAAAAGUCCUAUACCCUCCCACCUCAGAGACAGCUCUGCCUGCAAAAAUAACAGAUUCCCCACAGCACCUCUGAAGGUGUCUACCACUGGACCCUGGACCCUUCCUUACGCGCUGUGCCCGCUCCUAGGCAAUCUGCAGUGGAUACCAGCUGCCCCAUUAUGAAAUCCCACUGUGCAGCAUUGGGUAGGGAGAUUCAGGUUCUGUGCAGACUUCAUUUCUUCCAGACAUUGUUGGAUGAUGUUUUGCUUAAGGAAUAACUCACCCUUGAAAUAAAGAGGGACAGUGACAUCCAGCCCAGCCAGGUCUGACUCAUAGUGGUAGCCACAUCCAGCUCCCCCACCCAGCUCACCACUGCAGGCUUCCCUUCCAGCCUCUUCAGAGGACUUGGAACCCCCUUGCACCACCGCCUGUGUAUACCCUGACCUUUCCCUUGGCCCUGGAUGUGGUUUUUUUUUUUUUUUUCAAGACUGUGUUUUGUGACGUCAUAGCCCAACCAUGUGAGAGGUGCUCAGGCAGCUUGCAGCAGUCUGAGGAAAGAGAACACUAGACACAUUGGUUUGAAGAGUAAACAUGUGGCAUAGUUUCCAAGGGUGGGACACAGGGCCUGCCACAGAGCCCAGUCAUUCUUCAGGUCCCUUCUGUUUUCAGGUCUUUGUGUGUUGUGUGAUAAAUACAGUUCAUUUCCUCAUCUAUGGAGAGUCACACUGGACCCCAGGCGAGGCGCUUGUCACAUAGGCUGGUAAUGGAAGAGCCAGGUUAGGGUUAGGGUUACCUAACCACACCAGGUAACCUGUCACUGUUAUCUGAGAACCAUCAGUGGUAAGGGAUGGGCCCACAGACAGGUGAACACAAUGGCGUGGAAGAAUAUACCUAAGGUCACACAGCAGUGUCGUUUGGCAGAGCUCAGGGUUCAAAGCUGCUCGGAGCAUGUUUUCUGUCCUCUUCAUGCCAUGUUGGUGGCAAGCUCCAGGAGUGCUGCCAGUUGCAGUUAGUCAAGAUGGCCAUGGGAAAAGCCCCCCAAAAGGCCAGCUUGUGCAGAGCUUUGAAUGGCAAGCCAAAGGCGUGGACACAUCUAGCCAUGUCUAGAACAAAACAGUAUAGACUAACAGAGCCCAGAAAAUUCUGACAUGGAUUCUAAUUGGAUUUUAUCCUGUUGGUGAUGAAAAGCAGGGAAAGAGUUUUGCUGAGGAGCCUUAAUCUGCCAGUUUGUGAGCUCUAAAGGAAAUCUAGUUCCCACUACCACACACACACACUCACAGACACCUUCACACACACACACACACACACCACUCAUACUCACAUACAUACCCAUGUGUGCACUCACACAAUACCUUGGUAUAUUAUGCUGGGCAACAGGUACUUCACAGGCGGGGCCUGGAUUGUAAAGAACUGCCCACUGACCUUUUUGUGAAGGCAAACCAUCGCCAUAGGUGAAGGAGCUUUAGCUUCCAUCAUGGAUUCCUCUCCAGAGAUUGCCAAGCCUUGAAUGGGUGUUGGGGGUGCUAGGCAAGUGCUGGAUCACUGAGUCACUCCAUCUUCUUGGUCUUUGAAUCUUAUCUGCACUCGAGGGGAGAAAGAAGGGGAGGUCCACCCUGGGGCCUCACAGGAGGGACAACUGGGGGGGCUCCUGCGGAGAAUUUUAUUCUCCUGCAUCAGAGAGGUUUUGUAGUGCAGUACAGUGCACUGUGUGGUGGUCAGAGAGCCUAGGCACAGGAAAUCAGGAGCCCGCCCCUUCCAUGCUGCCCUUCCCUCAGGCUGGGUGGGGGUAUGAAGUCCCUGAGACAGCUGGGACCAAGGAUUAGUGAAGGCCAUGGACUUCAGGAAACCUCCCAGCACCUUCCAGAAUUGGAAAUCACCUCACUCACUAACCCAACCUGGAGCCCCUAGGUUUCUCUCAUUAUAGGUUCUGAACCCCAAGUUCAGAGAAGCUGAGCAAUGUGCUCAGGCCCAGGUGUCUAGAUCUGAACUAGGUCUCUUUAAACCAAAGCCCCAACUAACUGUUGUAAGUAGUCAUGUUUUUUUCUUGGUUUGGACCAAUAGAAAGCUCAAAGACAAGUUUGAGAUUAUUUUAAACACUUUUAUGGAGUUUAACCAGCUUCAUUCUAGCCUUUUAUAUGUACCUUUACCCUGAUAUACUUUUAUUCUACUGUAUUUAAUCUAUUUUAUUAAGGUGCCACAAGAUCUUUUUGUAACAGUGUGGAAUAUACAUAAAUAAAACCCAUGACUACAGCUGAA